UCUUUGUUCGCGUUCUACGUGCCGUGCUCGCUAGACGUCCUGCUCAAUUCUGUGAGAAACACAAUUACAAAAUGCUCUAUUAUUGCAAGUCCACUUUUAUGGGGAUAACGAUGUUUUGUUUGUUUGCCUUCGGAGGCAGCAUGUUGUCUACUCGAAAUUUCAAGAGACAUGAGAGACUAAGCGUUAGUGGUCAGGAUGACAGUUUCCUACGCAUUGGAAAAGGGCGAGACGGUAGAGAUGGAAGAGACGGACGAGAUGGACAAAACGGCGCUAAAGGACAGAAAGGAGAACCAUAUAAUUGCAACAAGAAAGAAAUCCAAGUAGAAACAUUGAAACAAGAAAUAUCAUCAAAUAGAAUGCAGUUGGAACAUCUGCAAAGUGAAUUGAUGCAACUGAAAACUCAAGUCAGCAAGUGGAAGGCAGAUCCCUUUUCAUUGACCACCGUGAAAGAAUUGCCGCAGUGUGGUGUUAUACAGUACGCAAGAAAAAUUGCCAGCAUACCUGCAAGGAACGAUUAUCGAGCAGAAACGUUCGAAAUAGAUGGAUCGUUCUACGUUAUGGUCGUUUCUUACUACGAUGGCAGCAAGUAUGGAAUAGACUCUAUAAUAUACAGUUUUGAUGGAAAUGCACUGGAGAUAUAUCAGAGUGUGCCAACCGAUGGGGCUAGAGAUGCAAAGUACUUUGAAAUUAAUGGGCAGCGAUAUCUUGCAAUCGCACAAUAUUACGGAGACAGAACGUCUCUUGGGUACGGUGUCAACUCUCAAAUACUCAAAUGGAGAAACAAAAGAUUUGAACACAUUCAAUAUCUUCCGACCAAAGGCGCCCAUUCAGUUGCACAUUUCAAUGUUGAAAAUGACACUUUUAUAGCUUUUGCUAAUUACUACGAUUCUUCCUACAGCGUAAAUUCGCAUGUCUACAAAUGGAGAUCUGGUCAGUUUGUAUUAUUCCAAUCCAUUCCUUCUUUGGGAGCCAACUCAAUUAAGCACUUACAGAUUGAAGACUUACACUUCAUUGUCAUUGCCCAUCAUUACACAGGAUCAACACACAACACUGAUUCUAAGAUCUAUCUUUGGUCAGGAGCACAGUUUGAGAUAUUUCAGUCUAUUCCAACGUUUGGUGCAAACGAUGUUGAAACAUUUACAUCAAAUCAAUUUACCUUUAUUUUGUUUGCUAAUUAUUACAACCAAAACACCAAAAGCUACAACGUCGAUUCUAUUGUCUAUAUUUGGAAUGGCGUUAAAUUUGAAAAAUUUCAAUCUAUUGCUACCAAAGGGGCAAGCGACUUUCAAGUGUUUUCAGCAUGUGACAAAACAUAUGUUGCAAUUGCUAAUCAUUACGCCGGCAGUUCUGCCAUUUAUAACGUAAAUGGUGCUGGCCUUCAGUAUUACCAACAUGUUAUCGUUUCAGUCAUAUAUCGAUGGUCUGCUUUUACCUAUGGUAAUAGCACUUAUCUAUUUGCUGGGCCAAGUACUACCGAUCUAUCAUACCUCUUUAAGUGGGUUGGCUAAGACAAAGACCAUGCGAGUGAGACUGUUACUGGAUUAUUGCUACAACCUUACAGCAGCUUGCUGAUGUCUUUUAGUCUGCUGUUGCUGUUGACUAAAGCAUGAAAUCAAUAUAGUGUUUCGUAAACAAAAGUUUACAAAGUCACAAAUUUGCUCAUUAAUAGUUGUCUCUAAUUGGCUUUGGUCUGAGUACAGGUAUUACUUCUUU